GAUGGCACUGACUGGCAUCACUGCUGGGCACUGACUGGUGGCACUGACUGGCACAACCCCUGGGCAGUGACUGGUGACACUGACUGGCAGCACUGCUGGGCUGCACUGGUGGUUGGUGGCACUGGUGGGCAGCACUGGUGGGUGGGCACAGGUGGGUGGCACUGGUGGGCACAGGUGGGUGGGCACAGGUGGGUGGCACUGCUGGGCACAGGUAGGUGGCACUUCUGGGCACAGGUAGGUGGCACUGCAGAGUGGCACAGGUGGGUGCACUGCUGGGCACAGGUGGGUGCACUGCUGGGCACAGGUGGGUGGAGCUAGUGGGUGCACUGCUGGGCACAGGUGGGCGGAACUUGCGGGUGGCACUGCUGGGCACCGAUCAUCAGGGCACUGAUGAUCGGUGCCGAUCCCCGCUCUGACAACUGCCGGUUCUCGGCAGUACUUUCCUCACGAUCUGACAGCGUGAGGAAACGUGUCAUUGGACACCGCUGAUCAGGUGGUAAAAGGCCGCUGUGAUUGGC